AUGUGGCUCUCAAGCCUCCUGGGCGCUCGGUCACCGCGCCAAAUGGGGCGCGGGCAGAGGCGCCACCGCCUAUCGCCGGACCGCCUCUGAACAGGAAGCCGUGCGCUGACCGCGGAAGCCCGCCUCCAUGUAGCGAUGAGCCCGCCGGCCCCAGUGACGGGAGAGAGGGGCGGGGACGCAGGGCGGCAGCCGCAGAGAAGCUGCGCCUCCGCGACUGCUCAGAAGCCGUUUCGCCAGGCAGCCGCAACGUCCAUGUUGACGGCGCAAAGCGGAAGUCCUUUGGCAGAGCGGAAGGGGAACCUGCAGGGGACCUUCCGACAGAGCCUGCGUCUUUUCUCCCCGCUGUCUCGCUUAGCGACGCUUGGGGGCGCGUGGGAGUGGGGCGGAGCCGGCGCGCGCGGGAAAGCGGAAAAGGGGGGGGGGCCGCUCGCCGCCGGAAGCCGGGGUGGGGGCGGAGCCGGUCUCGUCACUGCGAACCUUCAUCUCCAACUCUUAGAUGUAAGAGACGCUCGUCCUGUUCCCUAA